AUGGAGAAAGAUGCCAAAACUUUCGUCCAAAAAUGUGAUGAAUAUCAAAGGCAUGCUCACAUGAUUCAUCAACCAGCAGAAUUGUUGCAUCCGGUUGUCUCACCAUGGCCUUUCAUGAAAUGGGGAACGGAUAUUGUGGGUCCAUUGCCGGCGACCCCCCGGUCAGGAACUUUCAAGAAAAUUAGAGAAAGAGAAGUCAUUGAUUUUAUUAUCACUUGUGAUAAUGGGCCACAGUUCGUUGGUAGAAAAUUCACGGAGUUUUUUGGUGGGCUCAAAAUUAAAAAGAUUGUGUCUACUCCAUAUCACCUUAGUGCAAAUGGUCAAGCUGAGUCAACGAAUAAAAUGGUCAUUCAGAAUCUGAAGAAAAGGCUGGCUUCAGCAAAAGGAAAAUGGAGAGAAACUUUGUCGGAAGUAUUAUGGGCAUAUAGAACAAUACCGAAGACUAGCACUGGAGAGACUCCAUUUUCUUUGGUAUAUGGCAUGGAAGCAUUAAUUCCGAUUGAAGUGGGGGAACCUAGUUUGAGGUUCACAUAUGCCACCGAAGAAUCAAAUGACGAAGCUAUGGCAAAAAAAUUUGAUCUAACGAAAUAA